AUGAUUUCUUUCACAUCUCGGACGAUCCUCACAAAGCGCAGCGGCUGGAGAGUUGUCGUGCAACCUCGAUUCAAUUCUACUCAAGCUGGCCAGAAACCAGUCUCUCCUCAUGUCGGCUUCUACAAAACCUUCACACGACCGGUAGCUAAGGUCUUGCUAAUGGCGACAUUCACAUAUCAAUUGGCAUAUUGGGGAUGGGUGAAGCUGGAAAAGGACGAGAUCAAACGUGAGAAGUCUGCGGAACUCGAAGGAUUAGAAAAACAGCUUGGAGACUUGACGAAGGCGAAGCAACUGAAGCCUUGA